AUGGCUAGCCUCAGGGCCAGGUUCAGUGGUGCCAAUCCUACUCGUGUUGAGGCCAGAGUGGAAGGAGAAUCCAGUGUUGCACCACUCAUGGAAGCAAACAAGGGUGUCGAAUUGCAGGACUUUGCAGGCAUUCUCAGAAAUUCAAUAAGGGCAAUAAAUGGCCAAUAUAUGAGCGCGCUUCAAGGCCAGAAGGGACUGGCCAAGGCCUGUGAGAGCCUCAUGGCGGCCCAGAAGCUGGUGGCGUCGUCUUUUGGAGAGAUCGAGCUCCACAAGUUCAUUAGCUGGGCGAGGUUCUCCUUCUACAAGGCGGAUUUUGGUUGGGAAAGGCCUCCUUGGGUUUGCACCACCAGUGUUCCAUGA